UUCCCCUCAGCUGUUAUAAAGAGGACCAGAGGCUGGAGAGUAAAAAGAACUGGAGGAAAGAGUCCCUCUGCCUAGCAUUGCUUCCCCCAGGCUCCCAGAAAUCUCAGGUCAGAGGGCACAGACAGCCUCUGGAGCUCUGGUCUGGUGGGACCAUGAACUGGCAGCAGCUGUGGCUGGGCUUCCUACUCCCCAUGACAGUCUCAGGUCGGGUCCUGGGGCUUGCAGAGAAGGAGAUGGCCGUGGAGUACCUGUCGCAAUAUGGGUACCUACAGAAGCCUCUAGAAGGAUCUAAUAACUUCAAGCCAGAAGAUAUCACCGAGGCUCUGAGAGCUUUUCAGGAAGCAUCUGAACUUCCAGUCUCAGGUCAGCUGGAUGAUGCCACAAGGGCCCGCAUGAGGCAGCCUCGUUGUGGCCUAGAGGAUCCCUUCAACCAGAAGACCCUUAAAUACCUGUUGCUGGGCCGCUGGAGAAAGAAGCACUUGACUUUCCGCAUCUUGAACCUGCCCUCCACCCUUCCAUCCCACACAGCCCGGGCAGCCCUGCGUCAAGCCUUCCAGGACUGGAGCAAUGUGGCUCCCUUGACCUUCCGAGAGGUGCAGGCUGGUGGGGCUGACAUCCGCCUCUCCUUCCAUGGCCGCCAAAGCUUGUACUGUUCCAAUUCUUUUGAUGGGCCUGGGAGAGUCCUGGCCCAUGCCGACAUCCCAGAGCUGGGCAGUGUGCACUUCGAUGAAGACGAGUUCUGGACUGAGGGGACCUACCGCGGGGUGAACCUGCGCAUCAUUGCAGCCCAUGAAGUGGGCCAUGCCCUGGGGCUGGGGCACUCCCGAUAUUCCCAGGCCCUCAUGGCCCCAGUCUACCAGGGCUACCAGCCCCACUUCAAGCUACACCCAGAUGAUGUGGCAGGCAUCCAGGCUCUCUAUGGCAAGAAGAGUCCAGUGAUAAAGGAUGAGGAAGAAGAAGAGACAGAGCUGCCCACUGUGUCCCCAGUGCCCACAGAAUCCAGUCCCAUGCCAGACCCCUGCAGUAGUGAACUGGAUGCCAUGAUGCUGGGGCCCCGUGGGACGACCUAUGCUUUCAAGGGGGACUACGUGUGGACUGUAUCAGAUUCAGGACCAGGACCCUUGUUCCGAGUGUCUGCCCUUUGGGAGGGGCUCCCCGGAAACCUGGAUGCUGCUGUCUAUUCGCCUCGAACACAAUGGAUUCACUUCUUUAAGGGAGACAAGGUGUGGCGCUACAUUAAUUUCAAGAUGUCUCCUGGCUUCCCCAAGAAGCUGAAUAGGGUAGAACCUAACCUGGAUGCAGCUUUCUAUUGGCCUCUCAACCAAAAGGUGUUCCUCUUUAAGGGCUCCGGGUACUGGCAGUGGGACGAGCUGGCCCGAACUGACUUCAGCAGCUACCCCAAACCAAUCAAGGGUUUGUUUACGGGAGUGCCAAACCAGCCUUCGGCUGCUAUGAGUUGGCAAGAUGGCCGAGUCUUCUUCUUCAAAGGCAAAGUCUACUGGCGCCUCAACCAGCAGCUUCGAGUAGAGAAAGGUUAUCCCAGAAAUAUUGCCCACAACUGGAUGCACUGUCGUCCCCAGACUGUAGACACUACCCUAUCAGGUGGGGAUACCAUUCCUUCAGGUAUGGGCACAACCUUGGAUACCACUGUCUCAGCCACAGAUACCACAUUUGAAUACUGACUGCUCACCCACAGACACAAUCUUGGACAUUACGCCCUCAGGCUCCACCACCCACCCUUUCAUUCCCUCCCAGAGGCCUACUACCUGAAUGAAAUACCUGUCUGCUCAGUUGAACCUCGCAGGUGCUGUAGCAGGGGCAUGACUGUAGACCUCAGGCCUCUAACAGUUCCAGCACCAGCCACCACUCUCCUGUGCUCUUUCAAUCCUGAGAAGUGCUCCCCUAACUCAGAUUUGGCCCCCAACUCCGUUUCCUGUCUGUCUUAGACAGCCCUUCCAACUGUGUCAUCUAUUCUUUGGAGGUCAAUGGUGGAGGCAGAUGCCUGGGUCCUGUUCUUCUUACAUAAAAUGCAAGAAAACAGCAUGGCCACUAAACUGAGCAAGGGCCUUGGAAUCCUCAAGAAUCACAUUUACGUGCUUAUGGUUAUGGGCAAGCUAAUUAACCUUUGAACCUCAGAUUCCCCAUUUGCAACAUUAGGUUAAGACCAGUCCUGCAGGGUUGUUGCACUAAAUGAAAUACUGUAUGUGAAGUACCUGGCACAGUGUCUGGUACAUUUGUGUUUAAUAAAGGCUAACUCCAAGUUCAUAAGAGAGGACUGAACAGCUCUUCCUCUAGCUGUCUGGUUGUACAACUCUUACAGUAGUCUGUAUGAUAAAGGUACCUCUAUUAGAUCUUUAGGGGACAGAGGAUUUGUCAAGAUGGUUAGCUCUUUGUUUUGGGGUACAGAGAAAGAGCAGCAACAGCAGAGGCUGGACUCCUGGUUCAGUAUUUAAUGCCAUUUUAUUCACAUGCUCCCAUGUUCUCCCUCCCUCCCAUUGUAGCCUUGCUGCCCAGGGGAGGGAUAUGUCUUCCUUUAUGCAUCUGGGAAACCAGGAACAGACCUGGGGCAGGAGAGUCAGAGGGGGAAGAGUUAGAGUGGGUUAGUGGCUGGAACAAAGUUCUGGUUAAGGAGGAAAUUAGUGCCACCCACAGUGAGAAGCAGAGAAAGCACUUGUCUCCUAUGCAGCCCUGAAGACCAGGCUCCUUUGGGCAAAAGGCAAGACUCUGGCAGGUGGGCCAAUGCUCUCUCCUUGGAGCAAGAAGCCAGCUUUUGGGGAAGGAAGGUCCUGAGGCAGGCACUGCCCUGUGGUCUUCCCCAGGUUGAGGAGAAAAGUGGAAGCACCAUGGAAGAUAGUGCUCCUAGCUGAGGUAGGAGGUGGGGGUUUAAGCCUAUGGGGCCCGGGGGGAAGGUCAAACAAACCCAACUACCCCCUAAUGAAGUGCCUGGAGGUGGGGGUAUCUUGGAGCUCCUCAGAGCCCUUCUUCCCAUCAAAAAGCUAUCAAAUGCCUUAGAAGCUCCCUGAUCCUAUAAAACAAAAAACGCUUGUUUCUACCACUGUGAGGCAUGCUGAGGUGGAUAUUUAAAAGGCUAUUUCAAGACCAGGUAUGGUGGCUAUAAUCCUAGCACUUUGGGAGGCUGAAGCAGGAGGAUCACUUGAGCCCAGGAGUUCAAGACCAGCUUGGGCAACAUAGGGAGACCCUGUCUCUACAAAAAAAAUAAAAACAAAU